UUGUCACAAAAGUGGUAAACUCUAUACAAAACUUAAAAUUAAGUGGUAUUUGAUGUAGUUUACCCUUAUAUUUUUAAGUCUUCGUUGUGCCUGCCACCACCUCUGCUUUGCCGCAAAGACAUCUGCCCACCAUCCCCGUUUGAUCUCAGCCAUGGCUACUCUAGAUUCCGAUGUCCCGAUGAUUCCCGCCGGUGAGGCUUCAAGCAGCACCGCCCCUUCCUCCUCAUCUAAGAAGCCCAAGCGGCUUGAGAUCAAAAAGUGGAGUGCUGUUGGCUUUGGGCUUGGGAUAUUGUCGUGGAUAAUUGUGAAAUUUGCAGGAAUCACAUCAUGGACCUUUCUAACCAAGCCAGCGCCACCAGCGAGGAAUGCACUGUUGCUUGGGGGGUCUGCAACCAUGCAUUCCACUUUCACUGUAUCAGCCGAUGUCUGAAGACUCGUCAAGUAUGACCAUUGGGUAUGCUCUUAAUCUCACACUGAUAUUUUGCCACCCACUUUUUUCCUACUGCAUAGCAUUUAGUGAAUGGGAGUUCCAAAAGUAUGGCCACUAGAUCUUUUCGAUAUUUACCAGUUACUCGUAUGGCAGAAGAUCACACACAUUUUCCCAGCUUUCUUCAACCAAGUUGCGUUAAUAUCUUAGACAUUUGAUAUGCACCGAGUGUAAUAUGGAAAAUAUAUGAGGAUUAUCUUUCUUGUGUUAGUUUCUCUCGAUGUGGGUGCAUAUGAAUA